AUGGAAGAAAAGGUGCAAAUCAACGGUUCUGGUGGAAGAUGUAGAGGUCGUUGUCGAUUAAGGAAGGUGGAAGGUGAAAAGGUAAAGGCGUUGACAAUGGCAGAAGGUAAAGAGGCGAAAGCAUUGGCAGUAUGGCGAAAUGUGUGGAAGCCAUCGUCAAUGGUGGUGAAAGGUGAAGAGGCAAAGGCGUCGAUCAAGCUCUCCACAAUCUCUACCCUACUUGCAGCCAUUUCAACCUCAACCCAUCAAGGAUCUGGACCCCGAGAUGGUGUCAAUGACUACUCGCCGUCGUCGUCGACCUCGAGUAGCCCAAUCGUCUGUGACCGGUCUCAUCAAAACUAUGAUUUAUGCUCCAUUAACGGCCCCACCGUGUUAGACUCAACCAUGUCCACCUUUUAUGCCGCCGUGGGUGGGUUGGGUUUAUUCAACUCCACCCACCAUGUUGUUGAAAGGGUUCGGCCUUACCCCCAGAAGAACUCGAGCCAAACCAUGGCUCGAAUCCAAGAAAUCACGCUCACCUCUGCCUCAUCUGGCCCGCCAUGCGCCACCCAACACGACGCUCCGGCCGUUGUGUUCAGCGUCGGCGGAUAUACCUGGAAUUUCUUCCAUGCCUUCAUUGAUGGCUUCAUCCCGCUCUUCAUCACCCUCAACUCCAUUGCCUCCCUUGUCGACGACGCUGACGUUGUCCUCGUCAUAGCCGAUUCCCAGGACUGGUGGGUCCGAAAGUACCAAGAUCUGUUCCGAAGCUUCAGUAAACAUCCAGUCAUCCUCCUCGGCAACGACACCUCUACCCACUGUUUCCCGGCGGCCACUGUCGGCCUGAUAUCGCAUGGAUUCAUGACAAUAGACUCAAGCCAACUCCUCACCCACAAAACCACCCAACACUUACAUAAAACACUCCAGAAAACCUACUGCCUCGCGGCCACAACCAACUCCACCGCCCGGAGACCGCGGCUAGUGCUUGUGAAGAGAACCGGAGGCGUCGGGCGCGUGAUAAUGAACCAAGCCGAGUUGAAAACCGCAGCGGAGGAGGAGGGCUUCGAGGUGAUCGAAUUCGAGCCGAGACAAAGCACGCCACUGAGCGAAGCUUGUGAGCUACUUAGAUCGAGCCACGCCAUGGUGGGCGUCCACGGCGCGGCGUUGACUUACGCGUUGUUCCUGCCGCCCAGGUCGGUGAUGGUGCAGGUGGUGGGGGUAGGGCUGGAGGAGGUGGCAGAGCUCUGCUUCGGGAGGAUGGCCAGGGACAUGGGGUUUGAGUACAUGGAAUACAGAGUUGGGGUGGAAGAGAGCAGCCUGGUGGAUAGAUAUGGAGAAGACGACGUGAUUGUGAAGGAUCCAAAGGCUCUGCAAGCUGGGGGAUGGUACGAUGCCAUAAUGGAAGUGUAUUUGAGGCAGCAAAACCUCAAGCUGAAUAUGCUCAAGUUCAGGCAAUACUUGAAGGCGGCCUACCACAAGGCGACACGUGUCAUGCAAAAUUAG